AUGGUUGCGCCGCCUCUUCGGCCAAAGUUCUUGGCAGCUAUUGGACUUGUUCUCCUUCUCGCCACAUGCCUCAUCUACCCAUGGCGCGCAAGCUUGAAUACACACAGUGCUCUCUCGGACGCUCAAGAUCCGGGCUUGGAAUUCCCUAAUGACCCGGUUCCUCGACGCGACUUUGCGCCUCUGUCGAAAUAUGCGGCGCAAAACAUUCGUGAGCCAUCUAGAUUCGCCUUUGCGACAUUCUACUGCAGCCGCAACUCGGACACUCGAGGUCCCUAUUUCGAAUCUACGCAAUCCAUCAUCUGGAGGCUUCUCUGGUCCGACUACCGGUCAAAAUAUCCCGUCAUUGUCUUUGUAUGCCCCUUUAUCCCUGAGACGCACCGCCAGAUAUUCCGAGGACAAGGAGCCAUUGUCAAGGAGAUUGAACUGCUAGAUACCAUCAUACCGGAUGAAGCGAUUCUGACGAAGCGGUGGAUAGACGUACUGUCCAAGCUCAAUUUGUGGAAACAGGUUGAAUGGAAGCGCAUCGUGUUCCUUGAUUCGGAUGCCUUUCCCAUUCGGAACAUGGACGACAUCUUCGACUUGGUGCCGGAGCAACAGUGCAACAAGGCCGCUUUGCAUCCCGAGGACCAGGCCGUUGUCAGCAACGACAAGGGCGGGGAGGACAUGUGCAACUACGUCUAUGCGGGCGUGGCGCAAUUCCAACUCGACAACAUCAAUGCCGGCAUGCUGGUCCUGAAGCCAAAUCUCGACAUGCAUGCCAAACUCAUUAGGGCGGCCAGGAGCACGGCAGACUACGACGCAAGGGACAUGGAGCAGGGUGUCUUGAAGUCAAAGAAUGCAUUUGCAGCCGACGGCCCGUUUCCAGUAAACCGUCUGCCGCCUAUCUGGAAUGCCCUUCCCGAAUACUACUCCAAGUACCUUGGCGACAAUGCCGAGUUGACCGAGGGUCCGAUACGGGUCCUGCAUGUCAAGAUGUGGAAUCGGCUCUGGGGGUCCUGGAACAACUUGACGCAUCUGAAUGACAUGUGGGAUCUGGAUUGGAUGAAGAUGUGCAGGUUUUUUGAUUCAGACGACUUUGUCAAGGCGAGAACGAGUGGUGUAUAUGAGACGCCGUGGGAGAGAUACGCAAAGAGCCAGAACCAGGGAAUAGCGCCCUAG